AUGUUAAAGACUCCAGCUUUCCCAUGCCAUGCACUGAAAAUCCCCAUUGGCAAGGCGAAAGGUUUUAGACACAGUUUGAAGUGCAGAGCAUCAAUGGCGGAGGAGCUAAAUAUCACCCUGCCGGAUGACUGGCAUCUCCACCUUCGCGACGGUGACCUUCUUCAAGCUGUCGCACCCCACAGCUCAAGCCAUUUUGGAAGGGCGAUUGUGAUGCCAAAUUUGAAGCCUCCCAUUACCACCACUGCUGCAGCCGUUGCUUACAAAGAUUCUAUUAUGAAAGCACUGCCUGCUGGUAGUAACUUUUCACCUCUUAUGACACUUUAUUUGACGGAUAAGACAAGUCCUGAGGAGAUCAAGCUUGCAAGAAGAAGUGAGGUUGUUUAUGGUGUGAAGUUGUAUCCUGCUGGUGCUACCACUAAUUCCCAAGAUGGGGUUACUGAUCUUUUUGGGAAAUGCCUUGCUGUGCUGGAGGAGAUGGUUGAGCAGAAUAUGCCUUUACUGGUCCAUGGGGAGGUCACAGAUCCGAAAAUCGAUGUUUUUGAUCGUGAAAAGGUCUUUAUCGAAACUAUAUUACAACCUCUAAUCAAUAGGCUUCCAAAGCUAAAGAUUGUCAUGGAGCAUAUCACAACCAAGGAUGCUGUUAAUUUCGUUGAAUCCUGUAGUGAAGGAUUGGUUGCAGCAACUGUCACUCCUCAGCACCUUUUACUAAAUAGGAAUGCUAUCUUCCAAGGAGGAUUGCGGCCACAUAAUUACUGCCUUCCAGUUCUCAAAAGAGAAACCCAUCGACAGGCAAUUGUUUCUGCUGUGACUGGUGGAAGUAAAAGAUUUUUCCUUGGAACCGAUAGUGCACCUCAUGAGAAGCAAAGCAAAGAGUCUUCUUGCGGAUGCGCUGGCAUUUACAAUGCCCCUGUUGCCCUCUCGGCAUACACCAAGGUUUUCGAAGAGGCUGGAGCACUUGACAAACUAGAGGCAUUUACCAGCUUCAACGGGCCAGACUUCUACGGCCUCCCGAGAAACACACCAAGAGUCAAGCUCACCAAGACUCCAUGGAAGGUACCAGAGUCUUUCUCAUUCUCAUUUGGAGAGAUUGUGCCCAUGUUUGCUGGUGAAACGCUGGAUUGGCAACCGUCGCUCGUCUGA